ACUUCUCCAUUCAACACUAUCUUCCUUCAACACACUUAUAAUUAAUCUAUAAAAACCAACUUCAUUCUUUUUCUCUCAUUUUUCAUUCUGAAACAAAUAUUCCCUCUCCUUUUCCUACUACUACCUCCUCCAUACUCACUCACACACCCUCUUUUCUUUUCUUUUCAGAUAACUUUCUUUACUUGUGUCAUUCUACUCUGACAACCCCAUUUCCUUCUUGGCCCUCUUCUCAUUCACUCAUUCACUCAUUCACUCACUCACUCUCUCACUCACUCCUUCUUCUCUUCUUUCUUUCUUUCUUCUCUCAUUUCCACUUUUUCCUUCUUAUUACUUUCCUUAAACCUCACUAAUUAACACUCUCUGCUCUUCCAACACCAAAUAACAUUUCUGACACACACAAACACAAACCCCGCUUCAACCUCAUUCCAUUAAUUCACAAUGUCCUCCAGAAGAUCUCGUUCCAGACAAUCCGGUGCUUCCGCUGAGAUCACGGAUGCGCAAAUCACCGAUCUCGUUUCCAAGUUGCAACAACUUAUCCCUGAACUUCGCGCCAGGCGCUCCGACAAGGUUUCGGCUUCUAAGGUAUUGCAGGAGACAUGCAACUAUAUAAAGAACUUGCACAGAGAGGUUGACGAUCUAAGCGAUCGAUUAUCAGAGCUUCUGGCUAACACAGACUCCAACAGUGCUCAAGCAGCCAUUAUUAGGAGCUUACUUAUGUAAUAGUCUAGUCUGGUGCAUUUAUUUGUGUCGUGUGCAUGUCCAUGUCUCUCUCUUCUUCUUCUUCUUCUUCUUCUUUCUUCUGGGUAGGGUUUGGUUUGUACUUUCUAGACACCAACGCGAAACACCACCAUCGGAUCCAUGUGAAGCAGUUGUUGAUUAGUUUUAAUUAUGUGGCGCUUUGUAGUAGUAAGCAAUCGUGGUCAGCUUGUAUGGCUGUAAAUAAAAUGGACUACAUCAUGAGUUCUAAUUA